UCAUCGUUCUUCGCGAUCUUAAACUUCGACGUCAACAACAUACCGAGUCCAAUUUCGCGCCGCCGAUAUCCUUCCGAACCAUACAGACGGGCAAACUAUCUCCGAAUCAAACCCCGAACACGGCAUCUCCAGAAUAUCUGCACCAGGAAUACCGACGACGCGUAGCUUCACCGAAACCCCCGAGUCACCUGCAAAUCCCAUCGUUGAGAAGAGAUACGACACAGGAGGAAGGAGAUAGCGGGGAAAGGUGAAGAACAUCAACAGGACAACAAUGGGUCUGCGCCGAACGCCGCCCCCAGAGGCUGGGGCGAUAGCAGCAACGUCGCAACCCACGAUAUCACAAGGAACAACACCAAGAGCAAUCACGCCGAGAGCAACGACACCGAGAACAACGACGCCGAGAGCAAGGACGACAAGAGCAACGACACCGAGAUCAGUGUCUUCAGAUCCGACCGCACAUCUUCAACGCGCUGCCGAAGUACUCCAAGUCCUCGACGCCCUCGACGCCUCCACGCGCGACGAAAUCACCAUCAUCAAGAUCUCGGAGCCUAUAUCAAGCGCAUUGCACUCGGCUACAUCCAAGAACAACGGUAGCAGCAACAGCAACAAUGACGAAUCACACGACCAGCAACCAAGCACCACUGCCCCGCGCACCUCAGACGUUUCCGCUCACAGCGCUUCCUCCGCGCUCGACGCGCCCACACCCGCCAGCCUCGAGGCCGACCUAGCGCACUAUAAAGAGCUCUUCGCCAAGCUCCGCUUCUCCUACGUCGAACAAGUCACCAAAGAAAAAUUUAUACGCGCCAUCGUCGGCGACCCGCCGCUGAUCGUCACGCCGCAAGAGAAUGCAGACCUCGAGGCGAGCAACGUGGCCGCCAAGGCCUCGCUCAAGGCGCUCAAGACCGAAGUCGCCCUGCUCGUCGAAGACCUCGAGUCCCGCUCGCGCGAGCUCGCAGCGCGGUACGAGCGCGUGAAGCUGGACCGGGUCAAGCUGAGGGAGCUGCCCGGAAAGAUGGAAGAGCUGCAGAAGAGGGUGGACGAGUUGCGGACGAAGCAGGCCAUCCAGCCGGGGAGCCUGCCGGAGAUGAACCUGCCGCUUGCGAAGACGGCGGCGCUGGUGGAGGAGCGGAGGCAGAAAGUUAGGGACCUGGAGAGGCAGGUGGAGCAGCUGUCGAGCCUGGCGCCGAGGAAGAGAAAAGAGAUGGAACGGCUACAGAUGGAGGUCACGGUUUUGGCGGCGAAAAGGACGCAGGUGAGCGCGGCGGCAAGGGAGGCGAAGAGGCGGAGGGAGAACGCGCAGAAGGCGGGCGGGGCGGACGAUGAGAUGGAGGCCAAGGGGAGGUGGUAUCGGGCGAGCGAGGCUGCUUUGAGGGAGAUGCUGGGCUUGAAGGAGUAAGGAUAUGAAGAAUGUGUGAUGUUUUGUUUCGGUUGCUUC